AUGGGGUUGGGCAUCGAAGCAUAUAUUGAUCAAGGACUAUUGACAGGUCAUGUUGGCUGUGGGGGUGAUGCGUGGGAGGGGCAGAAACCGAUGGCGGUCGGGAAUGGGAGGAUCGGCGGCCGGGACAGCAGUCAUGGCGGGCCGAGUGGGAAGCAACGGCGGCACGCCAUGCACGGGAACAAGAACCAGCACUGCGCUGCGCAGCUAUACGCGACUGCGUCAUCCGGGGAGCUUCCACAAAGAUCAGGCAACCGCGGAUGCCAGGAAGGUGGGUGUCACCAAAUGGCCAACACUGGGAUUGCUAGCCUUCUGAAUGCUGCUGCUAGGGUGGAGAGGUUUCUCUUGUCCCGUGGGACAUCAUGCCCCCUGCUAUGUACUACCCACGCUGACUGGGUGGGAUCGCACAAUCGGUACAACGCGAUGGAGUACUUGAGCAACGUAUCCUGCACACCUCCGAUGUCCACAGUUGGGAUGUUGAUAUACCCUUCCAUGUCCAGGUCGACCACUGGAUCUUCCCUCGGGGUCCAUUCGGAAGGGCGGAAGGGCAUUGAUGAAGAUGGCACAGCGGACCAGCGGUGGCUAGCGCGGAUACAGUUUGGCAUGAUGGGAUCAAAAGUCCGGCCGCCAGAAUGCCCCCAUAGGAGAAGCCAGGAUGCCAUCAAAGGCGGCGGCGUCGGCGAUGACAUCGGAAAGGCGAUAACAGCUAUAAUAGGGGUCAUCAUAGUAUCCCGCAGUUCUUGGACCGGGAGCGGAGUCCACGUUGCCUUCUGCAAAGUGAAAUGUCGCUGUAUUAUCGCGCCGCAGCUCGGCCAUCAGCCCGCCUUGACAGUCAGCCAGGAGGGUGGCACCAAUCGGAAUACCACAUACCCAAUUGAGCUUGUAGGAUCUACCGGCGGCGUUGUUAGUCAAUGCGAUCGAGGACGUCUACAGGAAGAAGGGCUCUCACCUGGACCUUGGUGCCCCAACCUCGGAAACAACACAGUUUCAGCAGCAUGA